AUUGUGGUCGAUCAUGAACGUGCCCUCUGUCUACACACCAGGGUCACAGUGAUUUCUUCAUGCGUGAAUCAGAGAUGUUCAGACAUGGAAGAUGUCAACGCUAAUAUGAUGGAGGCGUACGAGAAGCCCCUCUCACUCUGGCGUUUGGUGGAGGAGUUGGUGUCCCCGGGAGAAAGACCGGACAUUCGAGAUAUCCUCGGUUCCUCCCUGAUCGAGCAGAGUCUGGAAUUGCAUGAAGAGGUGGAUAACCUUCUAAGCAUAUGGCAGGACUAUCGGGCGGAAACGGAUGACGACAUCCCCGCGUCUCCUGUCAAUCUUCUCCCGGAGCCACCAGGGAUGAGGGAGAAUCUGAAAACCCACAUCAGGAUGCUGCUUGAGUGUGUGCGGGAGAAGGCAAAGGAGGAGGGAAGAGACGUGGAUGGCCUUCUUUCAAGACACAACAGCGAUAUUUUGGACUACGUCAAUGAUGAACUGCCCAGAAAUACUAGUCCAGGACUAGGCUUCCCGAGACCUGGUAGUUCUAGGAGCAGUAGAGAUGGAAGAGAAACUCCCAUGAGGAUGACGCCAAGCAGUGACAGUGAUGGAAUGUCAGCCACAUCAACAGUCAGUGACCAGGUAGAUGCUGUCAAGGACCAACUCAACAUACUACGGAUAGAUGAGGUUACAAACCAACUCAGAUCCAUGUUAGAGGAUGAGAUCUCCCAGCUUCUUAAGGAUUCAGUAUUCCUUCAGGGAUGUCUGGAAGAUGAGAGUGAUUACAGGAGCCAGUCAAGGAUGUCCAUAGUCAGCAGAGAGCCUUCUAUACAAGAAUUGAAGGAGGAGAGAAAGAAACUGGAGAAAGAGGUCCAGAGUGCCCCUCCCCCAACCUCUGUUGGUGUCAUGAAUUCUGUGAGGACACGGAAUAAAAGCUUGCCAAACUCGCCUAAUCGGAGACUUCCAAGUCCUCUUAGUCCGACGACUUCUGGUAGUGCCAAGCUCCGUCCAUCACCUCCUCCAUCGGCCGGUAGCGCUGGGAGAGUUGCACCUGUCAAAGCAAUCCACAAGAUGCCACCGUCCCGUCGUGCCACCGACCCCGACCUGUCCCAAGAAACAAACUCAAAUAGAACUAGCAGUGCUGGCACUAAGCCAUCUAUUUCGUCCAGGAGCGAACUGUCAAAUAAACCGAGGUCUCCGAUCUCGAGCUUGCGCGGUGGCGGGCCGGACUCGCCAACGAGGAUGCAACCGUCACCACCAUCUUCGGCAAGGCCUCCUGCAGGAAGGUCCGGGAGCGGGGGAUCAGGGAGGUUCAGGCACAGGGUACUUGAUGCAAAGCAGAGUAGGUGAUAUCACGCUUCAAAACAUGCGCAGUUUGUGUGUGCUUGCUCAAGUCCCUUGAGAAAGCGGAAUUAGAUGCUUCAAAUGCGUUUUAUCUUGCUCGGAUCUCAGAAGAAGUAAGACUGGUGUUUCAAAGACAUGCACAGAAUGCUUGAACAUGUUGAAGUCUCGAGAGAAGUCAAACUUGAUGAUUCAAAGAUGUCUACAGGAUGUGUGAUCCUGCUCGAGUCUUUGGAAAAGUCAGAAUACGAUGCUUCAAGGACAUGUUCAGGACGUGUGAUCCUGCUGAAGUCUCAGAAGAAGUUGGAAUUUGAUCAUUCAAAGGUGUGUCCAGGAUUUAUGGGAUGCCAUUGGCAUUUAUUGAAGAAGUCUGAAUCAAUUCUUUCUGGUAACAUGGGAGGUUCUUAAAUAUGUUUUUGUAUUGAGUUUUUACAGACGUGAGUUAAUCAGAUGCAGAUAUUUACACGAGCGGACUGUCACUUCCCCGUAGAAGGUAUUCUGACUUGAACUGUGUGCUUUCGGGAAUAAAGACAGACAGCUCGACCAAUAGACAAACUCACUCUAUGCCACCCUAUGUAAUGCCAGAUUGAUGAUUGCCACUUAUUGGUCAAGUGGCUUUUAAGGUGUGAAAGUCGAUUAGAGUUUCUUUGUCUAACGGAACCGAGUCAUCACUGCUUUUUACGUAUGUUUUGGA